AUGGGAUAAAGUAUAACCUUAAACAAAAGUGCUAUUUUAUAUGAAAUUGCAUAAAGUGUAAUAAAGAGGAAGUUCUUAAGAAAUUUUGAUAAUAAAUAAGAUGAAUAUCUUGAAGUAAGAACUGACUCAAACAAAGAAUAUUUUAUUUUAGAAAACAAAAAGCUGCAAUAAUAGGUAAAAUAAAAAUCUGAUGAAAUAGAAACUUUGAAAAACGAACUAAAAAAGUAUUCAUCUUCUCCAGUGCAAUUUUAGAAUCAAGCAUGCGAAUUUACUUCUAAGUAUAUUCAAAAUAUUAAUGAGAUAAUUGAUUCUUAUUAAGAUAAGUUGUUAAACCUUCUUAUAGACGAACAAAAUACUCCAAAAAACCUCUUAAAUAAUGGAAAAAUAAGCUUCAGUGUUAACUAAAUAUUUCAAGACGGUCAGUGUCUGGAUAUUUUUAAGCAAUUUUUUAAAUAAGAGGUGGGAAAUCUAUUUUCUAAUAUGAAAACAGCAAUAGAAUCUAUGUUGAACAAUAAACAAAAAAUAUUGCCUUCAAUUUAAGAUUAUUCAGAUCAUUAUUAUUAAUUUAUAUGUGAAACAAAUGAUGCUUUUAAAGAUAAUUCAAUGCAAAGCUCUGAUGAAAUUGCUAUUGAAUAAGAAAAUUAGUUGAAUUCUUAUCACGUAAGGGAAUCAAAUAAGUUUAAUUAUCUUAAAUAGGUGCUUGAUUAAGAAGGAAAUUCUCCCAGUAAUCAAUAAACAUAAAAUCUAUCUAAACAUAAAAAAAAACAAUCAAUAAAUAAAAUCCGCUCGUCAUCUUAAAAAUUAGAAGCUCACAAAACUGCUUUCGAAUAAGAUCUCAUUUAAAAAUUAAAUAAAUGCAAAGAUAGCUUUGAGAUUAAGCUUAAAAGCUAAACGCGAUUAUAAUUUGGCAACAAUCAUUCUAAAGAAGCUAACUAAAUUGAUAACUUAUUUUUGGAAGAUUUUGAAAGUAGCUCAUAUUCAGAUUAUAAGGAUUAAGAAGAUAAGGAUUUUGAUUCUGAAACUAGCAUUUCAAUCCCUAAGAAAAUGAACCCUAAAAAUUCAAUAUAAAAUUAGUCUGCUAUUAACUCAAGAGAAGAGUCUGAUUUUUAAGAAAUUCAAAAAUUAAAUAAAAUAAGGAAGUGUUCUUUUGAAAAAAGUUUUAUAACUUCUAAUCCUUAAAAUAGUUAAGAUAAUUAAAAGUUCAAGUAAUUUAAAAAUGAAGAUGAACAACAUAAAUACUUCAAAACAGAGAAAUUUUUUUAAGAAAAGUAAAGAGAAUAGAUAAUGUGCAGCAAAAAGAAAAUAAAACAUUUACAUCAUAAAACUUCGAAUCAUAUUGUUUCAAGAUGCGCCUCAAAAAAAUUUUCAAUUGUUUCGCAAAAGAGUAUUUUUUACUAAGAAAACUAAUAAAAAAUUAAUUCAUAAACUAAUUUAAAGCCGAAGGAGUUAUCUUCAGUAGAUAAAAAUUACUCGCACAGUAGCACUCAAUUAACAAAUAUGGAUUUUUGUUAAGCAAAAGAUAAUAGAGAGUUACUAAAAAUAAUACAUCCAAUAGAUGAAAACCAUUUCUUCAGUGAUAAAGUUGUUAAAUAUUCUCGCUAGAAAAAAUCAGAAAAAAAAAUCAUAGUACUGAACUCUAAACACUUUUAUGUUUUGAGUUAAGAUCCAUUAGAAAAACAUAAAUAGUUUUAAAUAGAGGAUAUUAGCAAAAUAAUAAUAUGCCCUAAUAAUAAAUAGCUAUGUUCUAUUUAAAUCAAGAAAUAGUUCUAACUAAUUAUUGAAGUUCCUCAUGUCAGAUUUUUUAUAAAAUAUAUCCUUAAUCACUUUAAAAAUGUAUUGAAAAAAAAUCCACCUGAGAUUAAAAUUUAAAAGAUAACAAUGAUAUUUGCAAAUAAUUGCCAUUAAAACAAUAUAAGUGGCUAGAAUUUAGUAGAAGAAUAGACUACAAAAUCACAAUUUAAUGCAAACUAGUCUGAUUAAAAAAAUUAAUCAAAAGUUGAAUCAGAUUAGCUGAGUUAAAAUUUAUAAACAAAAAAUUGCUUAAAGGCUUUUAUUUUAAAAAACUCAAAUAACUUAUUGGAAUAAAUAUAAGAUGAAAACUGGGUCGAAGGUUUUCUUAUUUAAGAAAAAGAUAAAAUUUUUUCAUCAGAGGAUGAAUAAAUAUUUGAAAUAGAGAAUAAAUUAGAAGUGUAAGCUGAGGCUAAUUGUUUUAUGCCCAAUUAAAAGAUUUUCAAAUUUAGUGACUAAGAAAGUAAUAACUAUCAUUUAAAGCUUAAAUAAGAUUUUGAUAUUCCACUCCUAAUAAAAAGUAUUAAGGGUGGUUAUAAGCAAUAUUUGUAUUAUAAUAAUCGCUUAAAUUCUUGA